AUGUCGUCCAAUGACGAACCGGUCGACGUGCCUGCUCCCGCCGAGGUCCCCGUGGAGGUGGAUGAAAACGAGCCCCCCGUUACUCCCAUCGAGCCCGUUCUCUCCGGAGGGGAAGAGGUGGCUAAGUCUAGCCCUGAGGCUGCCAAGGAGCUAUCCAAGCCUUCCCCAACCAAGGCUAGCCCUGGUGCACCCGUCACAGCGAAGCGACCAGUGUCGGGAACUACUGCCACCAAGCGGCCUACUUCCUCGUCCGCCUCCAAGCCCACAACGGGGACUUCUCGUCCGAGUACUAGCAGCAGCAGCACUUUGAACAAGCCGCCCACCCGUCCUACGACCACUCCAGCCACCCGCAAGCCGUUGAGCACCUCUACCACCUCCUCCCACCGGUCUCGCAUGUCUGUGAGUAGCUCCGCAGACGAGAAGCCUCGAUCCGUGGCUAGCUCUGGCGAUGAGAGACGUGGUAUCUCCGGUACUGCGAAGCGGAUGUCCAUGGCCGGUACCACGUCCACUCGCGCCCCCGUGAGACCGUCUCCUUCCGUCGACCGACGAUCAAGUGUUGCUGGGCCCACCGCGGAGAGGAAGCCUGCUGUCGCAACUUCUCGCACCGCAACAUCGACAAGCAAGCCAGUAGGUCGGCUGACCUCGGCAACCACUCCUGCAACUCGGACCGCCACCUCUACCUCAGCUACCCGCCCGACUACAACCCGGCCCACUCCUACCUCAAGCACGGUCAGAUCCGCCACCACCGCUGACCCCAAGAAGCGUCUGAGUACGGUCUCUGGCGCGACUACCCGUGCGACCGAAUCCGAGAAGCUGCAAGCUCUCCAGGCCAAGCUGUCGGAAAGCGAAGAGACCGUGGCCAGUUUGAAGACUGAGCUGGAUGGUGUUAACGAGAAGCUCAGUCAGCUGUCUGUGUCAGCGGAAGAGCCCCCUGACAAUGCGGGUGCCACCGAGGCCCCCAACGCAGAACAUGCUGCUGAGAUCGAACGAUUGACCUCCGCGCAUACCGAAGAGCUCCAGGCUUUGCGGACCCGGUUGGACGAAGCCGAGACUCAGCGCAAAGAGCUGGAAGAGAGCUCUCGGAAGGAACUGGAAGAGGCCAGACAAUCCGCCUCUGCCCAGGGUGAUGACCAGACAGUCGCCCUCCUUGAUGAACUCAAGACAACUCACCAGACUCAGCUGGAGGCCAUCGAGAAAGAAUUGGCGGAGCACAAGUCUUCUGCCGCCCACUUCGGCGAGCAGAUCGCCGCUCUUAAGAGUGAGCUUGAACUUCAGAAGACUGCUCUCGAGGAAGAGAAAACUCGGGACCUUGACCACUUUACCCGCGAGCUGAAGGGUCGUGACCAGGUGAUGGAAAAUCUGAACACGGAAAUUGUCAAGCUGAACAAACUCAAGGAGGAGGAGAUUCGUGCUGCUGAGGAACACGCUCAACAGUCCGUUUCUACUCUUCAGGAGCAAGUGUCAACCCUUGAGGCCAAACUUGCUGCGGCCGAGUCUGCUACCAAGGAGAGCUCUGAGCAGGAUUCAUCACUCGCCGAAAAGGACCAAGAAAUUGCCGACCUCAAGCAGGCUAUUGAGAAGGCUCAAAAGGAGGUCCAGGCAGCCAGCGAGGCUGCAGCUUCUCAGUUGAACUUUGAGGUCGAGCAGCUUGGAACUGCCCACGAAGCUGCAAUUGCUCAGCUCAAGACUGAACAUGAUGCUGCUAUCAGCUCCCUCUCCGCUGCCCACGCCGAGGAACUGACCGUUGCCACCAAGGCGGCUGAAUCGAGUGGCACAGAGCACACAGAGCAGCUUCGUGAACUUCGUGACGCCCUCGAGGCCUCCAAAACCACUGCCGAGACUGCCCAAGAAAAUGCCAUAGCCGAGUUCAAGACUCUCCACGAAGCGGAGUUGAAAUCUCUUCAAGACAAACUUGAUGCGUCUGAAGCUGCUCUGGCUGAAACUCGCCGCGAAUUAGAUGAGGGCCACACUUCAACCCAGACCCUCGCCGUCCAGGAGAUUGAUGCUCUCCGAAGCAAGUGCGAAUCGCUGGAGUCUGAAUUGACCUCAGGCAAAGGUAAGAUCGACGCGCUUCUCGAGGAGAUGCAAAGUAAGCAAGCCGAAGCCGAAGCCAUUCACCGCACUCUUCGCGAUGUUGAGGACCACUCUAAGCAGGAGAGUGCUCAAAAGGAUAACAAGAUGAGAGCUCUCGAGGAAAAGGCCGCGGAAGCUACAUUCCUUCUCGACCAGCAAACUGCACAGGCCGCCAGUGUGUCUGAGAUGCACGCAAAGGAAAUUGAGGAAUUGAAGGCCCAGCACGCCGCCCAGCUCGCAAGUGAGCUCGAGAAGGCCAAAGAGGCAUCUGGAUCUCACGAUACUACCUUGAGUGACCUCCAGGCGAAGCACGAUGAGUUGAUUGCCUCCACCAAGGAGUUGGAGUCCGUCCAUGCUACACGUGUGCAAUCGCUUGAGGCUGAACUCAAGGCGGCCCUUGAAAGCCACGCGAGCGAGAUCGCCACUCACACCGAGGGUCACACCGAAUUGCAGAAGCAAUUCGAAGAAACCCAGACCAAGUUGCAAGCCGAGCUUGCUGCCUUGCAGGACUCCAGCAAGAGCGAUGCCGAACUUCACACCAAGCACAUCGCCGAGUUGCAAGCCGAGUUUGAAGAGACCAAGUCCAAGCUGCAAGCUGAACUCGAGGCCGCUCAAACCUCCAAGGCUGCUGACUCUGACGCUGAACACGGUAGAGAAAUUGAGGAGCUUCUCACUAUGUAUGAGUCCAAGCUCUCUGGUCUUCGGGAAGAACUUGAGAGUUCCAACAAGUCUAAGAUCGAGGAGCUCCAAAAGACUCACGAUGCAGCUCUGGCCAGCGUUAACGAGCAAUUGUCCCAGGCACAUGCCGCCGCUCAAGAUACAUCUGCUUUGGAGGCUCUGAAGCAUACCGUCGCGGACCUUGAAGGCAAACUCGUCGACUCCGAAAACGCUCACCUUGCCGUCCAGGAGUCUGCUACUACUGCCUCUAGGGAUAUUGAGGGUCGGUAUGCAGCCGAGAUUGCCACAAUCCAAGCCGAGCAUGCCGCUCUUACUGAGAAGUACCAAGCCACUGUGACUCAGCUUGGUGAGCUACAAAAGUCUGCCGUUGACUCUGACAGCCAGAAAUCGCACCUCGAAUCUAUCAUGAAGCAGCUAUCCGAGUCUCGUGAUCAACUCUUGAAGGUGAAGGCGGAUAACGCCGCCAUUUCCGACUCUCUUGUUGAUUGCAAAAGCCAGAACAAGACUUUGGCAGAGAAGCAGGAGGCCGGUGAGCGUGAUCUGAACGACCAAAUCGACAAGAACAUGGGUCUUCUCGAACAGCUGGGACAAUUUGACUCCGACAUUUCUGCCAGCCGACGACGAGUCCGCGAGCUUGAGACAGAGCUUGCUGUUCUCAAGGCAGACAGUGCGGACAAGAGCAGUUCCUCGGGAUUGGGAGCUAGCCGGUGGGCGACGGCCGAUGAGGGUAGCGAGAAAGCUGAAGAUGGGGGUCCAGCCACAACGGAAGGUGAGGACCUAGGCCCAUCCAUUGAGGGAACGAUGGCAAGCAUCCAGGAACAGCUUAAGCACGUCCGAACGGCCCACGACGAUUGGUACAGCGAGCACGGCAGACUCAUUGGCCAGCUUGCGAACAUCUCCCAGCAAGCGACGCCCGUCCGCAGCCUCUCGACAACUCCCCUCUCGGCCAUUUCGGAGGUACCAACAUCAGCCAAAGAGCCAGAGCCAGCCCGAACCCGCGCAGCAACAGUCUCAUUCUUUGGUAAGGGCUAA